UGUUUAACACGAAACGAGUAGUAAUUUGGCGUAAACACCGAUGCCCAAUUAAGUUUUUACUCUAACAAAGCCACUGUGCAUAGCACAAUACAUGGCGUUAGUCUUUGUCAGUCCCUUCUUCUUCUUCUACUUCCCAAACUGAUUUUUUUUUUUAACAGUUCAUACGCUCCUCUCUUCCCCACUUCCAAUACAAACUCCAUUAACACACCCAACUUCCCCUUUGUUCUUCCUCACUUCAUCAACUUCUCCUUACCCCACUCUUUCUCAUGUCAACGGCUACUUUUCUUCUACCUCUCACAUUGCUAAUUGCCACUGUUUUUUCUAUUUCAAUGGCGGAUAACGUAACCGAAACGGAAAUGGCUGCGCUGCUCUCAUUCAAACGGAACUUAGAAGACCCACUCGGCGUAUUAGACGGGUGGGAUUUCAACACUCCUUCAGCACCAUGUGAUUGGCGUGGUGUAUUUUGUAAUGCCGGCAGAGUUCGUGAAAUCCGCUUACCUAGUUUCCACCUCAGUGGUUUGAUUACUAAAAAUAUAGCUAAUUUACGACAGCUACGUAGGUUAAGCUUACAUUCUAACCAUUUUAAUGGCUCUAUACCACCUGAAUUAGCUCAAUGUGCUUUGCUACGUGCUGUUUACCUUCAUUACAACUCCUUUUCCGGUGAAGUUCCUGCUGCUAUUUCCAAUCUCACCAAUCUUCAGGUUUUGAACCUUGCUCAUAACUUUCUCUCCGGUCAUGUUUCCGGUAAUGUACCUGCAAGUCUCAGGCUUCUUGAUCUUUCUUCUAAUCUUCUCUCCGGUAGCAUCCCGAGCAACUUCUCAAAUGGUUCUCAGCUUGAACUUUUAAACUUGUCGUUCAAUCGAUUUGCCGGUGAGAUUCCGGUGAGUAUUGGUAUUUUACAGAAGUUAGAGUAUCUCUGGCUCGAUUCUAAUCAACUUUACGGCACUUUACCUUCAGCGAUUUCGAACAUUUCCUCGUUGAUACACUUGAGUACUAGUGAUAACCAUCUGCAAGGUUUAAUCCCUGCAACAGUUGGUUCACUUUCUAGUUUACAGGUAAUUUCAUUAUCGGGAAAUCAACUAUCUGGUGUGGUCCCUGAAUCGCUUUUCUGUACUACUAGGAUCAUUGAUUUAGGUGUUAAUGCAAUCACGGGUUUAACUAAACCCGAGAAUGCAACGUGUUCGAGUGUUUUAGAGGUCUUGAACCUUCACGGGAAUCAUAUUAAUGGUGUUUUUCCUGAAUGGUUGACGAAUUUUUCGGCGUUGAAGGUUCUUGAUAUCUCUGGGAAUGCAGUUUCUGGGACUUUGCCUAAUAGUAUAGGGACUUUAAGGUUGCUUGAGGAGUUAAGAGUGGGUAACAAUACAUUAACUGGUGAAAUUCCUGCUAGUAUUGUGAAUUUUGCUUCACUUGAAGUACUUGAUCUAGGUGGCAAUCGUUUUUCUGGUUUAAUUCCGGAGUUCUUGGGUAAUUUGAUCGCGUUGAGAAUGCUGUUGCUUAGUGGGAAUCGGUUUUCUGGGUUGAUUCCAACUAGUUUCGGGAGUCUUUAUGAGUUGGAGUUUUUGGAUUUGAGCAUGAAUGAUUUGAAUGGGAGUUUGCCUCAAAACCUUAUGAUGCUUACCAAUUUGAGUGCUUUGAAUUUGUCUAGCAACGUGUUUUCUGGUGAAAUUCCAAGAGAAAUUGGAAGGUUGCAAGGGUUAGAGAGUUUAAAUGUCAGUAAUUGUGGGUUCUCGGGGAACAUUCCGACUAGCAUUGGAAGUUUGUUGAGGCUGACAACUCUUGAUUUGAGCAAGCAAAGCUUAUCUGGUGAAUUACCCUUUGAGAUUUUCGGGCUGCCAAGCCUACGAGUUGUGGCUUUACAAGAGAACAUGUUAACUGGGGAUGGUCUUGAAGGUUUUAGCAGUUUAUCUGGUCUGGAAUAUUUGAAUCUGUCAUCUAAUGCCUUUUCCGGGCAAGUUCCUAAGACAUAUGGUUUCCUUACAUCCUUGAAAGUUCUUUCCAUGUCUAACAAUGGUAUUAAUGGCUCAAUUCCAGCAGAGUUGGGCAACUGUUCUGGCCUUCAAGUGCUUGAGCUUCGAGGAAAUCAUUUAACAGGUCAAAUUCCAAAGGAUUUGUCACGUUUAUCUCAUCUAAGGAAGCUUGAUUUGGGUCGGAAUAGACUAACUGGGGAAAUCCCAGAAAACAUCUCUAAUUGGUUGUCUCUGGCUACUCUCUUGUUGGAUUCCAACCAUAUCUCAGGUCCCAUACCAGAGUCAUUGUCUAGAUUGUCAAAUUUGGAAAUGCUCAAUCUCUCGUCAAAUAAUUUGAAUGGAUCAAUUCCUUCAAGUCUGUCUCUGAUUUCCAGCCUGAAGUACUUGAAUGUUUCCCAUAAUCAUCUCGAGGGUGAGAUUCCAGAGGCUUUGGGUUCUCGGUUCAAGGACCCUUCUUUAUUUGCUGCGAAUAAAGAUUUGUGUGGAAAGCCAUUGAAGGAGUGCAGUAAGGGUAAAAGGAAAAGAAAGAAGUUGAUCUUGUUCAUUGUUUUGGCUGCUGUAGGGGCCUUUCUCGUGGCAGUGUGUUGUUGUGGGUACAUCUAUGGACUUAUACUUUGGCACAAAAGGCUAAGAGGACGUUCAGCCGAAGGGAAGAAGCGAAGCCCAGGCCGUGCAAGUUCAGGAGGAGAAGCGGGUCGUGGAAGUGGAGAGAAUGGAGGUCCAAAGCUUGUUAUGUUCAACAACAAGAUUACUUAUGCAGAGACUUUAGAAGCGACGAGACAAUUUGAUGAGGAAAAUGUGUUAAGCCGUGGAAAAUAUGGCCUAGUAUUCAAAGCCACUUUUGCAGAUGGAAUGGUCUUGGCUAUCCGUCGACUUCCUGAUACAUCAAUCGAAGUGAACACAUUCCGCAAGGAAGCCGAAUCCCUUGGCAAGGUGAAGCAUCGCAAUUUGACUGUUGUUCGUGGAUACUAUGUAGGACCACCACCUGAUGUUCGACUUGUCAUAUACGAUUACAUGCCUAACGGAAAUCUUGCCACUCUUUUACAAGAGGCAUCUCAUCAGGAUGGCCAUGUGCUCAAUUGGCCAAUGCGCCACCUGAUUGCGCUUGGCAUUGCUCGCGGCUUAGCUUAUCUUCAUUCAGUUACAUUGGUUCAUGGGGAUGUAAAGCCACAAAAUGUAUUGUUUGAUGCAGAUUUUGAAGCUCAUCUUUCUGAUUUUGGUUUAGAUAAACUAAGCCAAGUAGCAACCCCAGCAGAGACUUCAACAUCCUCCACCCCAGUCGGAACUCUAGGCUACAUAGCACCUGAAGUGACAUUAACCGGACAACCUACAAAAGAAGCUGAUGUAUACAGUUUUGGGAUUGUAUUGUUAGAGAUACUAACAGGAAGAAAGCCAGUAAUGUUCAACGGGGACGAGGACAUUGUCAAAUGGGUGAAGAGACAACUACAAAGAGGCCAAAUUUCAGAAUUACUCGAGCCGGGGUUGCUUGAAUUGGAUCCUGAAUCAUCAGAAUGGGAAGAGUUCUUGUUGGGAAUCAAAGUUGGUUUGCUUUGCACCAUGCCUGAUCCUCAAGAAAGACCAUCGAUGACCGAUAUUGUAUUCAUGCUCGAAGGCUGCCGCGUUGGUCCUGAUAUUCCCUCUUCAGCUGAUCCUACAACUCUUCCUUCACCAAUGUGAUGAAAAGUUCAAUUCUUUGCAAUGAAAAUCAAUUUGCAGGAAAAUUUCCUUCAUUUUCUCAGUUCAAUGUUGUUCAUGUAUCUCUUCAAUGUAUUGUUACUCCAUUCAUUAUCAUUAACUUCUUUUUUCUUUAGAAAAAAACAAAACAAAAAAAGUUUGUACAUUGUUGGUUGUGUGCAAGUAUUAAAUUCAUCUCUGAUGUGUUUGUAAAUAAAGACCUCAUCUUUCUUCAACA